UUUUGACGUGAAUUUUGCUCAUAUUGUUGCGGAAAAUAAAGGUUUUCACGAUUUAUCGAACAAUUUCGAGGAUUUUUAUCAGCUCUUUGCAUUAAAAAGACAUUCCGCAGUCAUUCCAGUUGAAAGGCGUCAAUGAUGUUUUGGAUUGUGUAAAAAUUUCAUCACAAAUCGAUCGCAAGUCGAACUGAAAUGCAAAUUUAGGGAAAAAAAUGUAGCAAUCAAUUGCAUUUAUUGACAAUACAAGCCUUUUAUACUUACGAUACUGUUCCGAAAAUCGUCAAAUAACCAAGGGAAAAAUGUUGAAAACAAAGUUUUUCCAUCAAAUCAAAUGUGUUUUUCUCUUCUUGAGCACGUCGUUAGUUGUUUUCAUCCUGUAUUGGCUCUCCAUUGCACAAACGAAUGAUGAUAAAAUGCCCUUCAUGAGGACAGGUCUUCAAAGCGAAUUUUCAGCGCAAAACAUGCAAAAUUUCGAUGAGGAUCUUGUCGUCAUUUACAAUCGCGUCCCAAAAACGGGCUCAACAUCGUUCGUGAAUCUCUGCUACGAUCUCUUCAAGCGAAACAAAUUCCACAUUGCUCACAUAAAUGUCACGGGCAACAUGCACGUCCUCAGUCUUCCGAACCAAAUCAAAUUUGCACGAAAUGUCUCGUCAUGGCAAGCGAUGAAACCAGCUUUUUAUCACGGGCACGUCGCUUAUUUGGAUUUCACAAAGUUCGGCAUCGCCCAAAAGCCGAUUUACAUCAAUUUGAUCCGCAAACCGUUGGAUCGCCUCAUCUCGUAUUACUACUUUUUGCGAUACGGCGACGAUUACAGGCCGUAUCUCGUGCGACACAAGGCCGGCGAUACCAUGACGUUCGACGAUUGCGUCGAACAGAAGAAACCCGACUGUGAUGUGAGUAACAUGUGGUUGCAAAUUCCCUUUUUUUGCGGGCAUCAUGCGGAAUGUUGGGUGCCGGGCAGCGAAUGGGCCUUGCAACAGGCGAAAUCGAAUCUCGUACGGGAAUAUUUCCUCGUUGGCGUCACCGAGCAAAUGGAUGAGUUCAUUUCGAUGCUCGAGUUGUCGCUGCCGAGGUUUUUCAAAGGUGCCACGGAUCAUUUUGCGACAUCGGCAAAGUCCCAUUUGCGAAAGACAAAGACAAAAAUCGAACCAAAAGACGUCACAGUGAAGGCAAUUCAGGAUACGGCAAUUUGGCAGAUGGAAAAUGAAUUGUACGAAUUUGCUGUCGACCAAUUUCAAUUUUUGAAGAAAAAGUACAAGCUGCCGGGAAAAGACAAAAAUGUCGUGCAAGACUUUUUCUACGAGAAAAUCAAGCCGAAACUCGGCAAUGGCGCGAAAAAGUGACGAACGAAAGGCGAGAAAGGAACAAAAGUGCAUGGAAGACACAGACUUGUCGUGCAAUUCGCACCGACAACGACAGCAAAGACAGGAAUUGUAAAUAUUUCGAGUACAAUGGAGCCUCAAAGAGCAACUUAACUUUUUUUUUGACAAAAAAUCAACAAAAACAAAUCAACAUGAAUUAAAAAUCGCAAACAAGUACUGAUAGAACAAUAACUAAUAUUUAGUUUUUUUGGCCAUAAGAUAAAAAUUACCACGUAGU